AUGGGGGUUUCGACAGAUGCCGCCUAUCUCUUUGUGCUGAUGGAUAUAUAUAUAUAUCGACGACAAUCCCAACAUCCGCCCUACAAUUCGAGCCAAGUAUUAUUAUUCCUGUCCUGUGCGGCGGCCUUGUCCAUAGGGAGUUGCUGGUUAGCAUCCAGACAAAUCAUUUCAUUAGAAAUAAUGGCUCUAGAAAAGCAAGUUUGGGCUGCAUACAUACACAGGCAUAGCAGUAACCACAUUCACUGGAGUGGAUAUACAUAGCAGGUUUGCUCGGGAUGCAAGUUACCACCAUAGUAUGGGGAUGGGGACUAACGGUGGACUUUUCAGGUGGGCAGACAGGAUUGAUAAGCUGCUGAUGUUUCUGGGCGCUCUGGCUAGUGUUGGUGAAGGCUUGGCAGGACCACUUAGCAUGUACGUGUUGAGUGGGGCAAUGGAUGCAUUUGGGAGAGCUGAUCAGUCUAUUCCCCAAGAAGUGGUCAAUAAGUAUGGUCUAAAGCUACUCUAUGUUGCCCUCGGUGUUGGAUUUGGUAGUUUCUUUGAAGGACUUUGCUGGACUAGAACUGCGGAGAGGCAAACAUCGCGAAUACGGAUUAUGUAUUUGAAAUCAGUCCUCAGACAGGAAGUUGGUUUCUUUGACUGCCAAGAUGGCACAUCAUCAUCAUCGGCCACCUUCCAAGUAGUCUCAAGCAUAUCUACCGAUGCUCACUCUAUUCAGGAUGUUAUUACUGAUAAGGUACCAAACUCCCUGGCUCAGUUUAGUGCACUAGUCUUCAGUCUGCUGGUUGCCUUCCUGCUAUCAUGGCGAAUAGCAUUGGCUUCUCUUCCUUUUGCCGUUGGGUUUGUGGCCCCGGCAGUGGGAUUCGGGAGACUGAUGAUGGACAUGGGGAUCCAGAGUAAGGAAGCUUACGGGGUUGCCGGAAGCAUAGCUGAGCAGGCCAUAUCAAAUAUAAGAAGUGUUUACUCCCACGUGGGAGAGCAUAAGACAGUUGGUAAAUUCCGGCGUGCGCUCGAGGGAAGCAUGACCCUGGGCAUAAAACAAGGGCUGAUGAAGGGGCUGAUGAUUGGCAGUAUGGGAAUGAUAUUUGUUACUUGGGCAUUUCAGUCUUGGGUCGGUGGCCUCCUCGUCGCUGAACUUGGAGAGAGCGGGGGCCAUGUCUUCAUAGCCGGUUUAUCUAUCAUUCUCGGAGGAUUGUCCAGCAUGAGCGCUCUGCCCAAUGUGCCAUUCAUAAUAGAGGCAUCAGCUGCCGCAAAGCGAAUCUAUGAGAUUAUCGAUCGCAUUCCAGAAAUAGAUCCAGAAAAUGAUGCUGGGAAAGUUUGCGCGAAUCUGAGGGGACAAAUUGAGUUUAGAGAAGUUCAUUUCAGUUAUCCGUCGAGAAAGGAUGAGCCAGUCCUUCAGGGACUUAAUCUUAAGGUGAAACCUGGUGAGAAGGUUGGCCUUGUGGGAGGAAGUGGUUCUGGAAAAUCGACUGUUAUUGCAUUGCUAGAAAGAUUUUAUGACCCUGUCAAAGGAGAUAUUCUACUUGACGGGCAUAGAAUUAGAAGACUUCAACUAAAAUGGUAUAGGUCUCAGUUUGGGCUGGUAAAUCAAGAACCGCUUCUCUUUGCUGCGUCCAUUAAACAAAACAUAAUGUUCGGAAAGACAGAUGCUUCUCUAGAGCUCAUUGUAAGUGCAGCUAAGGCUGCAAAUGCACAUGAUUUCAUUGUUGAAUUCCCCCAAGGAUACGAUACUCAAGUGGGGCAGCUUGGUGUUCAAUUAUCAGGAGGGCAAAAGCAAAGGAUUGCUAUAGCAAGAGCGUUGCUUAGAGAUCCCAGAAUUCUGUUGCUGGAUGAAGCUACAAGUGCAUUGGAUACAAAGUCAGAAAGUAUUGUGCAGGAGGCCAUUGACCAAGCUUCAAGAGGCAGGACGGCCGUACUCAUUACUCACCGCCUUUCCACGAUGCGCUGUGUUGAUAAGAUUAUGGUGCUUGAAUCUGGGAAAAUUGUGGAGUCAGGGACCCGUGAUGAGCUGCUGAGGAUGCAAACGACCGGCAGUGAAGGUGGAUUCUACCGUCGACUAGUGAGGUUGCAGCAGCUGCAGAAAUCUGGAGGAGUCGAUGAGCACCUUCCAGAAGAGGCAUCAUGUCCCAAGGAAAUGAUGACGCACAGAUCUCCGAUCAUAUCAUCAAGCCUGCAUAACAACAGUCCAGCUUCUCCCUUAACCCCAGCUCUGCCAAUGAGUUUACUUUCGACAAUACAAAACAGCCCCAAUUCGUCCUUCAGUGCAUCUCACCAUAAUGACAUGGAUGAGAAGUCAGACGCCUUGGCUUCUCCAGCAGCUCCAUCACAGUGGCGCUUGCUUGAAAUGAAUGCACCCGAGUGGAAGAGAGCGCUGCUUGGCUGUCUUGGUGCUGUCUCUUUUGGGGCAGUCAUGCCUGUGAAUGCAUAUUGCGUUGGAAAUCUUGUCUCGGCUUAUUUUGGAGACAGCAGCUCUAAAAUGAAGUCGGAGACCAGAUUUUACAGCGUCAUCUUUCUGAGCAUUGCCGUCAUUGCCUUCUUAUCGAAUCUGCUGCAGCAUUACAACUUUGCAGUGAUGGGGGAAAGGUUAACCAAACAGGUGCGAGAGAAAGUCCUGGAGAAUGUGCUGACGUUUGAAGUCGGGUGGUUUGAUGAAGAAGAGAACACAAGCGGUGCAGUCUGUGCACGGCUAUCAACCGAAGCCAACCUGGUGCGCUCUCUGGUCGGAGACCGAAUGUCGCUGCUGGUUCAGGUGUCUGCAAACGCUCUCCUGUCCUUUGCGUUGGGAUUGAUUGUUGCAUGGAGAGUUGCGGCGGUGAUGAUUGCGAUACAGCCUCUGGUGGUUGUCAGUUUCUACCUCAAAGCUGGUCUGAUGAAACAGAUGUCAGCGGAUGCGGGGAGGGUGCAGGACGAGGGGAGCCAGCUGGCGAGCGAGGCAGUGGUGAACCACAGAACCAUCACCGCCUUCUCCUCCGAGCAGAGAGUUUUGGAGCUGUUCGAAGCAACGCUGAAGGGUCCACGAGAGCACAGUGUGCGGCAGUCGUGGGUGUCGGGAGUCGGGCUGCUCAGUUCCCAGGUGCUGGCGUUAGGGGCGGUGGCCCUGACAUUCUGGUACGGGGGGACGCUAAUGGGGAAGGGGUUGCUGACCGCAAAGCAGCUCUUUGUCGCUUUCUUCAUACUGAUGAGCACCGGCAAGACCAUCGCGGACGCCGGAGCCAUGACCUCCGAUCUGUCCAAGGGCAGCAGCGCUGUGAGAUCUGUGGUGGCCACUCUGGACAGGAAAAGCAGGAUAGAUCCGGACAGCCCCCACGGCCUCAGAGUGAGAGACAGGCUAGCGGGGAAGAUAGAGCUUGCUGACGUCUACUUCAGCUAUCCAUCCCGGCCGGGGAGGAUGAUCUUCCAGGGGCUUAGCCUUCGGAUAGAAGCUGGGGAGAGGAUGGCUCUCGUGGGGGAGAGUGGCUGCGGAAAAUCCACUGCGCUUGGCUUGAUUGAAAGGUUCUACGAUCCAACCAAAGGGUCCGUCCUGAUAGACGAGCACGACGUGAGAAGCUACAACUUGAGGAACUUGAGAUCCCACAUUGCCAUGGUUAGCCAAGAGCCGGUCCUUUUUGCGGGGACCAUACACGAGAACAUAGCGUAUGGAAGAGGAGAAGGAGAAGGAGACGCCACGGAAGCAGAAGUCGUGGAGGCGGCGAGGCUGGCAAAUGCGCAUGAAUUCAUCAGCUCGAUGAAGGAUGGGUACCGCACAUACUGCGGGGAGAGAGGGGUGCAGCUGUCGGGCGGGCAGAAGCAGAGAGUGGCGCUUGCACGCGCGGUGUUGAAGAACCCGUCGAUCCUGGUGCUGGAUGAGGCGACGAGCGCCCUGGACAGCGUGUCGGAGAGUGUGGUCCAGGAAGCGCUGGACAGAGCGAUGGUGGGCAGGACCUGCGUGGCUGUGGCGCACAACCUGCGGACGGUGCGGAGGAUGGCCGGUUGCAUUGCGGUCAUCAGGCGCGGCAAAGUUGUGGAACAAGGAUCGCAUGCAGAGCUACUGGCGCUGGGACAAAAUGGCGCGUACCAUGCCUUGGUCAAGUUACAGGCCGCAGGAGCACACUCCCUAGCAGAGGCGGAGGCGGAGGCGGAGGCAGGCACCAAUCCAUAACCAACCCCACAUUGACAUAA